AUGUCGCAAGUGUUGCAAAAUGGUACCGGUACCAUUGUCAUGGUGUCGGCACCAUCAUCAGCUCACUAUUCGGGCAAUGAUUCAUCGAGCAGCAGAAGCAGCGACGACGUCGUGUACGCUGCGCAUUUUGAUCUCGACCCCAUCGCCACCAGCUCGAGCGACAAAGAAAGCGUCGAAGACAAGGCGAACUCAGAUGCCGACGACCUCGGUGUUGUGGCAGACUUUGCAGGCAACAUUCCCCAAUGCUAUAAAGUCGUCCUGCCACGUCUUCCAACCGGUAACGAUGUUUUGAAUUCUGUUUUCCUUUAUGCCGACUUGAGUGGUAGGCCGUACCGUGCCCCAGACUUCCGUGACGCGCUGCUUAAAGUGGUGACCACAGCGGACAUUAAAGGAGUUGGCCAGUAUCAAAUGAGCCAUGUAUGGAUGGUUACGUGUGCAAGCAGCAUGGCGAAACAGAAACUCGUCACUUGUGGUGAGCUCCGUGUAAAACGGCUGAAGUGCAUGGUGCUAGAUCCGGAGACUAAGAAUAUUAGGCUGAAACUACUUUGGCUUCCGCCUCAUCUUGAAUCGCGACGUGUUGAAGAGGCGUUCCAAGCUUACGGCGUUGUGAAGUCCGUUGAAAGAGAGGCAUGGAGAUGUGCAGGAAUGGAACUGGAUACAACAAAUAGAGACGUUGCCUUGGAGCUCAAGGACACCAUCACUGUGAGCUCAUUACCACAUUUUAUGUCAAUCUAUGGCCACCAAUGCCUCGUAUUUAUUCCCAGUAGGCCUCCACUGUGUCUUCGGUGCAAGCGAGUGGGGCAUGUACGACGACAGUGCAAAACACCGAGGUUCUUGCAAUGCCAGCGUUUUGGUCACUCGUCAGAUGCCUGCGUGUCGACUUAUGCCAACAAACUCCGUUCUGGCCAAGGCACAGAAGACCAACGUCUCGAUCAUGUUAUGGAUGUCACUGAGGUAGUUGAUGCGACAGGAGAAGCAGCGGGAGGAGCAGAAGGUGCCUUAAAGGAAGCGGAACACUUGUCCAUGGAUACCCUUGGCAUGCAAAAUAACACCGCUAACGACGCCAGUGAAAGCAUAAAUGAAUGCAAUGCCGCAGACGAACACCACUUGGAAUGCUUUAAAGACAAGCCUCCUGACAAUGAGGAACAAGAAGGAAUGGAUAGCAGUCAGACAAGGAAGCGUCAGGCACCGGUCACCGAUGAAGCAACAACGAGUGCGCCAGACACGACAGAGCAAGUGUCUUCGUGUGGUCCACGUUUCACCUUCUUUGGGGACCGAGAGGCGCUCCGCCUAUGCCAGCGUCCUGAGGAAAGUGCUCCUAAAAAGUGCAAAGGAGGUAAAGCCACAGGUUGGCCUGUGGCUAAAGGUGACCUACAAAAGUAG